AUGUCUGCUGCCGCGUCGACUGAGGAGAUGCAACAUCGCGCGGGAGAGACUUUCCACCGGUCCCCCAUAUUGGACAGUACUAAGUCCGGCAGUGCCAAAGACGCAAAAUCAAGCCCAAUAGCCUUCGAGACGCAUGAAGUCGACACCAGCAAGGAAGGGAAACCUGUGCAAAAGACAGUUGCAAUUGGUGUAUUGACCUUCGGACUCUGCCUCGUGGCGUUUGCGGCAGCAGUAGACAACACGAUCCUAGGCACGGCCAUCCCGCGCAUAACAGCCGAUUUCAACUCGCUCCAAGAUGCCGGACUGUACCGCAGUGCCUCUCUGGUCGCAUCGACGGCACUUCAGUUACCGUAUGGAAAAGCAUACGCGCAGUUCAACGUCAAGUGGAUUUAUAUCGGCAGCCUCAUCAUCUUCGAAGCGGGCUCCAUUCUCUGCGCAGCCGCGCCCAACUCCGGGGCACUCGUUGCCGGACGUGUCAUCUCGGGCGCGGGGGCGGCGGCGCUCUACUCAGGCGCCAUCAACAUGCUCGCAAUGGCAGCAGGCCCGCAAAGGGCCCCCGCGCUUUUUGGCAUCGUGUCCAGCAUGGUUGGCCUGGCGUCUCUGGUCGGUCCGCCUCUGGGAGGCGCCUUUACCGACGCGCCGAGACUGACAUGGAGGUGGUGCUUCUGGAUCAACCUACCCAUUGGCGGCGCCGCCGCUGUUUGCAUCUUGGCCAUGUUCCGAGCUCCCCGGCCGUCGCCUCCGCCAGAGUUGGAUACAGAAAUGCACGGGGUCGGGCAUGCGCAUGAUGCUGCGCAAGUUGAUGUCGAGACUGACCCGGCAUCAACUGCCCCUUGUCAACCAGACCGCCAGGACUCACGAAUCACGUCCACAGCCAUUCAUUUCAUGGAAAAGCCUUUUGUGAAAAAGGUGCGGAGGAUGGAUCCGCUGGGCACUGCUCUCCUGAUUCCGGCCUUGGUGAGUCUGCUAUUAGCCCUCCAAUGGGGUGGGACAGAGUACCCAUGGUCAGACGGGCGGGUUUGGGGCUGCUUGGUCUGUUCGGUCAUUCUCGCGGCCCUCUUUGUUGCCUCGUUGUGGGUGAACGGUGACGACGCCGUGAUCCCACCCCGUCUUCUCCGGGACCGCUCCGUCCUGGGCGGCGUGCUGCUGGUUUUUGGGCUCUCAGCGGCCUUAUUCACGCACGUCUUUUUCUUACCAUUUUACUUCCAAGUCGUACAAGGCAUGAGCGCGACGGCCUCCGGCCUCCGCAUCCUCGCCUACCUCGGGGCCAUGGCCUUGGCUGGAGUGUUUGCCGGCGGAGCCAUGUCAUCGCGCGGCGCCUUGUCACAUCACAGGCCGUACGCUUGGGUCGGAACGGCCCUCUUUGUCGUCGGAGCAGGCCUACUACACAUGCUGUCCAUUGACUCGGGAUUAGGCAUGGUCGUGGGUUUUCAGUUGUUAUCGGGGGUCGCUCUGGGCGUUGCGUGGCAGGUUCCCUACGUCGCGGUGCAGCGAUCAAAGAAACUCGCGAUGCGGUCGGGCGAUGCCGCCAUCGCCAACGCUAUGAUCGCCUUCUCCAACUCGUUCGGCGCGGCCUUGGGCAUCUCUAUUGCGCAGAACAUCUUUGCCACGACGCUUGCCAGGGGCCUUGCGGAUCUGCCGAGCUUGGAUCCCGACCAGGCGCAUGCUCUCGCGAAAGCCGGCCAGGCCGCACGGUUAAGGGACUCCGACUUCGUGCCCCCGGAGCUCCUGGCCCUCGUGUUGCAGGUUUUUCAUCACGCCAUCAUUUCGACGUUUACGUUUGCUGCUGUCGCUGGGGGUGUGGCGUUUUUGUGUAGUUUUGUGUUCCCAUAG